AUGAAAGCUGUUGAAGACGAAAAUAUAUUCAAAGAAUUAUGUGAGUCAAAUGGAAUUAAUUACGAUGCAUUUCAGCGUAAUCAUGGUGGAGUAGAUACAAAUAUUGAAGUUCUUGAAAUAUUUUUCUCUGGUUUACCUCGUCUGAUAAGUCUUAAAGCAUUUCCAAAUCUACUUAAACUCAUUAUUGUUAAUCAAACUAUUGAACGUAUCGAAGGUUUAGAUGCGUGUACCAAUUUACAAGAACUUUGGAUUACUGAAUGUAAGCUUCAAGGUUUAUCCGGUGCAAAACGUUUGAAAGAACUUAAUCUUGCUUCAAAUCAAAUAAGAUUUAUCGGCACAUCACUUGCUGAAAAUACUGAACUUGAGGUAUUAAAUCUUGCUGAUAAUAAAAUUAGUUCAUUUCAAGACAUUACUAUUUUGACAAUGCUACCAAAAUUACGCAAUAUUGCUUUUAGUGAUCCAGUUUAUGGAGGUAAAAAUCCCGUGGCUUCUAUGGCGAAUUAUCAUGUUCAUAUUUUAUAUCAUUUACCACAACUUGAAUAUAUUGAUGGUCUACAUAUUACUACAAGACAAGUUGCUGAACAAGCCGAAGCUACAGUAACCAAAAAGAAAAUGUGGUAUCAUAUGAAAUCUAAAACAUUAGAACGAGAAUAUGAUGAAUUUCAAGUACGUCUUCGACAAUUAAGAAAGAAAAAUGAACAUGUACCUGAAGAACAUAUACGUUUAUUAAAUAAAUGUCUUCAACGUUUAAAACAAGAAUUAAAUUUACCAGAACGUAAUUUUCAUACACGUUCUGCUGCUAGUGAUUAUAAUGAACGUGAAAGAUUCGAAAAACAAAUUGAAAUUUUACGACAACGAUUAAUUGUUUGGCAAAAUAUUUUAAACAAUCUUGCUGCUCAAUAUGAAGCUGCUCAUUCUAGUUUACUUCAACAAAAAGCUCAACUUGCAUCACGUAUUCAAUUAGAAUUAAUUAGUGGUGGAAAUAUUCGUUUUGAAGAAGGAAAUGUUAAUGAUGUUUGGUUUAAUGCAGCCAAAGAUCUUCUUUUGUCACGUUUUUGUUCAUCAAUUUAUAGCCGUUAUCAUAUAACUGGUAUUAAAAUACAUCGAAUAACACGAUUAUUUAAUCGACCAAAAAAAUUACAAUUUGAUCAUAGUCUGGAUUGUAUUCUUGACGAAGAUGAUGAUCCAAUCAAAACAAAAUCAAUUCAAUCAAAACUUGAAUACUUAUUCUAUUGUAUACCACCAAUACGUCGAAAUCAAAAUGAUCAUAUGUAUCAAUUUACAACUAUAGAAUCAAUAUCUGAACAUGGUUUUCCAAAUGUAGAAAUAUACAAGCACUUGGGUCAAGAAGAAGCUAUACCUUUUUCAAAUUCACUUGCUGUAAGUGAUUAUCUUCGAAUUGAACAAGCUGGUUUUCAACAUCGAGACAAAUAUCGUUUUGGUAAAUUAACUUGGUUUUUUAUUGAGCUUUUUGUAUUUACAUCGUCAAUUUUAUUUACAGGAAGUGUUCUCAUGGCUAAAAUAUAUAUUGGUUCAUCGACAACAACACCAGUAAAAGAAUUACCAUUUCCUGAAUAUACACCAGAUCCAAGUAUAACAUCAAAAAAUUUUUCAACUCAUGCUAGUGUAUCUCGUCAUGUUAUUUUUCCUGAACGUGCUAUUUCAAAAACAGGUCAUUGUGAUUGUGGAGCUCAACAACAACAAUGGUUCUUAUUCGAUCCAUUACAUGCUUAUGCUGAAUAUAUUAUUGAAUAUGAAUAUUUAUUUUCUGUUUCUCAUAAUACACUCAGUGAUCAAUUAAGUCGAAUAAAAGUUGAAAAAGUCGAUGAAUCAAUUGUUACAACAUAUCAAGAAGAAAUAACUCGUGAUAAUUAUAUAUUACCAUCAAAAGAUGAUGAACUUCCACCAAAAAUAAGUGAAUUAACUGAAGAUAAACUUUUAAAAAUAGUAAAUGAAACAAAUUUAUCCAAUAUAAUUGAACUUAAUUUAGCUUGUUGUAAUUUACAAUCAAUAAAAAUUUUAUCUGAAUUAAAAAAUCUUCGUUCACUUAAUUUAGCAUUUAAUGAUUUAGUUAAAUUAGAUGAAUUAUGUUUUUUUUAUGCACUUGAAUCAAUUGAUUUAAGUUAUAAUAAAUUAAUUACAUUAGAUGGUAUGAAAGGUUUAACAAAAUUAAUAACAUUUAUUGCAACACAUAAUUUUCUUAAAAAAUCAUUGGAUGAUAUAUUAACAUUAAAACGUUAUUGUACGAAUUUAUUUCAUCUUGAUCUUCGUGAAAAUCCAUUUGAUAAGCUAGAAACUUUUCGAGCUCGUACACUUGCAUUAAUACCUAAUUUAAUAACAAUCGAUGGAAUAAAAGUAACUAAUCAUGAACGUCAAAAAGCUCAAGAAUGUCAACCAGAAGAAUCAUGUUCUCAUGAAAAUCUUAUCCUUCACAGCCGUACUCAUCUAUAUCGUCCACGAGAUUUACGUUGUCAUUUUAUUGCUAAAUAUUAUGACAUGUAUACUAAUGAUCCACUUGGUGUUCAUCAACCAAAAAUUAAAGAUAUCUAUUGGAUGUCAACAGUAACAAGUUUAUAUUUAAAUAAUGUUUAUUUAACAAAAUUACCUGAUUUAUCAAAUAUGAUUUGUUUACGUUGGGCAUCAUUUGAUAAUAAUUGUUUAACACAAAUUCGAGGUCUUGAACAUCUUGUUAAAUUAGAAGAAUUAUCAAUAGAAAAUAAUUUUUUAACAAUUAUUGAUGGUAUUGAAAAUUUAACAAGUUUAAGACGUUUAAAUGUUUCAAAAAAUGAAAUAACUGAUUUUGAUGGACAAAUUUUAAGUAAUCUUAUACGAUUAACAUAUUUAGCAAUUGAUCACAAUCGAUUACAUAGUCUAAUAAAAUUGGGUCGAUGUUCAACAUUAAUUGAAUUAUAUGCUGGAAAUAAUUUAAUAAAAAAUAUUCGAGAUAUUUUUCAUUUAAAAACAUUAUCAAAUUUACUUAUAUUAGAUUUAUGGGGUAAUCCAAUAUGUCAUGAAGCAGAAAAAUAUCGUUUAUUUAUUAUUUAUCAUUUAAAAGCAUUACGAGCUUUUGAUGGAUUUGCUGUAGAAAUUCAAGAAAGUGGUGAAGCUCGAGAAACAUUUGGUGGAAAAUUAACACCAGAUUUUAUUGUAGAAAAAUUAGGAAAUAGUAAUUUUUCAGAAAUAAAACAACUUGAAUUACCUCAAUGUUCAAUUCGUGGUGUUGAAUUAAAUAUUCAAUUUAUUUCACUUAAAUGUGUUAAUCUUGAACAUAAUCAAUUAACAAAUUUCUCCGGUCUUAUUCAUUUACCUAAUUUAAAGAUACUUUGUUUAAAUUAUAAUCGUAUUGAAAGUAUUCUUUAUCGACCAUCAAGACCGCGAGUUGAUAAUCGUGGAAAAUCUAUUAUCGAAAAUGUUGAUAAUCGAGUUGUUUUAGAAAAUCUUGAAGUUCUUCAUCUUGCUUAUAAUAAUAUAACAGAUCUUGUUGCACUUCAAUUGAAUAAAAUUCCAUCAUUACGAUCUUUAUUUCUUCAAGGAAAUGAAAUAACAAAAGUUGAAGGUCUUGAAGCAUUACGUAAUUUACGUGAAUUAGUCUUAGAUAAAAAUAAAAUUCGUGUUAUAACGGAAACAUCAUUUUUCUUUCAAACAAAUCUUGUUGAAUUACAUUUAGAAGAAAAUCGUAUACGAGAAUUAUCUUAUUUUGAUCGUAUGGUAAAAUUAGAAAAACUGUUUUUGGGUUCAAAUAAAGUUCAAGAAAUAUCUGAAAUGGAAAAAUUAACACCACUUAUUUGUCUCGGUGAAUUAUCUCUUAUUAAUAAUCCGGUGUCUCGUAAAACAACUUAUCGAUUUUUUGUUACAUAUCGAUUACCACAAAUACAAAUACUUGAUGAACAACUUAUUACAGAAGAAGAUCGAUUUCGAGCAGAAAUUUAUUAUGCUGAAACUUCACAACCACCUGGAAUACCAGGAGCUGUAAACGAAAUAUUUCCUGGCAUAUUAACUACUGCACAACAACAGCAGCAACAGCCAAUGCGAAUAAAUCAAGUAGCUUAUAAUGAUGGUUAUAGUACUUCAAAUUUAAUUGAUCAAAUUCGUCAUCGUCAAAUGCAGAUACGUAUAGCAGCUGCUAAUAUAAGUAAUCCAAAUAAUAGUUCAAAUGGAAAACUUAACAAUACGCGUUUUUUACAGAAUGACCGAUGA